AUGUCGGCUCUCUUUCCCUCAGUCCGCCCUCGUGCUCUCAUCUUCAAUGAAUCAGUUGCCAUCGAAACGUCCGAGGUGGUGUUGGGUAUCAAGUGCUGCGGGCUGAUGCAGGCAGAUUUAAUUGUUGACUUACGUUCGUCCCAAGAAGCAAAGAUAGGCAACAGCGCGUGCUGCUGCUGCUGCCGCUCGGCGGCCGCGGCAGAUGCCGACACCCACAGCCUCUCCGAUGGGGGAUUUGGGGUUGUGCAUUCCUCGAAGGAGUCUCAGGGCUCCCGCAUACUGGGGCCUACUACCCCAGAAGAAGCACGUGAGGUUGGGGAAGGGAGCCCUAUCGGUGAAGGCAAGAAUGCUGGACCGUCUGGACACGGCAAGUGGUCGUCUGGUCGAGGCGCUGGUAGCAGCGGCAGCAUCCUGGACGUGUUGAGCCGUGGUCAGGGAACCCUACACAUCGUCAUGCUCGGUCUUGACUCGUCAGGCAAAUCAACGGCCUUAUAUCGCCUCAAGUUUGACCAAUAUCUCCACACAGUGCCCACAAUUGGCUUCAAUUGCGAAAGAAUACGAGGAGCCACCGGUAAAGCUAAGGUGAGUGGCCAGCGAGUUUGCUUGCGCUGCUGGUUUGUGCCAGAUCACGUUCGAGAACUCCCAGGCAAGUGCGAGCUCUACAAGAUGGCCAGACAACCAGAGAACUCCCAGGUGCCUAUCCUGGUGCUGGCCAACAAGCAGGACCUGCCCGGCGCCCGCGACGGCGCCCACAUCGCGCGCCUGCUGGGCGUCGCCGAGCUAGGGACCAACCGCCUCUGGCACGUCCAGCCUGCGUGCGCCGUGACGGGUGAAGGGCUGGACGUCGCCUUGGAGCAGCUCUACGACCUCAUUCACAGGCAGCGCAGGAUCUCCAGGACCUGCCGCCGUAAACCCAGAUGAUCCUGCAGUGAUGGCGACUUUAAUGACCGGCGACUCCGGUGACCGGCAACUCCAGUGACGGCGACUUCUGAGAGAACUCGCCCAAGACCUCACAAUGUUCUCCGCCAUCUCACGUCGGCGUCGCAAAUGGAAAUAUACUGCCGCGAAAACCCUAAAUUUUUACGGCGAUUGUAAAUUUCCUGGGGAAAUAAAGCUAUGAUUUUACGACCGCAACCUGGGAGAGCAGAGGGCGUGGUCCAGGCGGCGGACGCUCGUACGUAACCGGGACGUUCCUGCCGGUCUUGUAACGUCCAACCGUUACAGGAGCCCGCACGCUACAGUCUGCUUAACAGGAUUCGCCUUCAACCUUUAAGAUUUUAUUAUCACUGCUCCUUCUGCUGCAUUACAAAAUUGAGGAGUUGGGCCGUGUUAAUCGUUUAAUUUGCUGGCUGAAGCACUAUAAAAAGACGAUCUGUUAGGCCUUUUGAGAAAGUGUUUGUCUUAUUUGUGAGUUUUCUUACUCAUAUCUGACGUUGGCGAUUUCACACCUUAAUUUUGAAACGUGAUGAAUUUGAGAAUCAAUGCUGGCAAUGUAUAUAUAAUAACAUUCUUAGAUAUGUAAAUGAGGGCGGUGUUUAUUAAAUGACAUCUGCUCUUCCCGAUACUGCCGGUCAUUAAGAGUAUACCAUGAACAGGAUUAAUCAUUCCUGUUAGGUAUAUACUGUUAUGUAUAUUACCUCAAAUUAGAAAGAAAUUGACCGGAUACGAUUCUGUGUAUACGAAUCUUUACUAUCUUCAGUUGUUAUGCGGUCAUUGAUUCUCUUGUAUUGUUUCAUUUUAGCCGGCACUUCCAGCGGGUGGAUUCAUUUCUUAAAUAAAGAGAAGAGGUGGAAACAACUCCUCUGUCUGUGCUUAACGUCUUCUAUUUAUUUCCAGGUACAUUAAUUAGUUCUGGAAAGAAUCGGGCUUACUUGAAGGUUGGAAUAAUUUAAAUCGGCUUCUUAAUAUUGUGCGGAAAAUUUCAGUAUUUAUUUGCGAUCUUCAUUUUUUGGUUUAGGAAUUACUGAUAUAGGCUCUGAGUUAGUUUGGUGCCUGCCUAGAGUGAACAAUGUACGCUCUUGUUCCGACGAUGUCUCUGAACUUGAAGUAUUCUCAUUAAAACUGUGGUAUGAUCACGGUUCCUGCUUUAGUUAUACGUGCAGGUCAUAAUAUAAGAGGAGACCCUUUAUUUAUUGACGUAUUGAUCAGUAUUAUUGUAAGUUAUGAUCCUGUUAUUAGUGUGUAAUGCGAAGGCUUCCCACCCCGAUCUGUUAAUCAUUCACAGGAAGUGAAUGAGCUGACAUAUUAAAUAGAUUAUCAUAAUAUAUCCGUCAAGUGUCGAAUAACUGUAGAUUACUCGUGCAGCGUGACUUCAUUCUGUGAUGUACAUGCGCGAUGUGUUGACAUGAGCAAAACCUCGGUAAUUUAAUAAAUAUUAGAUAACAACUCGACCUCGCUUCUGUUUUGCAAUGGAAAACUUAAUGCGGGCAACUGCACGCAACAUUUGUACCGGCUUCCCUAUGUGAAGGUAUGGCUGUACGUCACUUGCACCAGCCUUCUUAUGUUAAGGUAUGGCUGUACGUCAUUUGUAUCAGCCUUUCUAUAUGAAGGUGUGGCUGUACGUCAUUUGUGCCAGCCUUCCUAUGUGAAGGUGUGGCUGUACGUCAUUUGUGCCAGC